AUUCGCUGGUAGAAAGCGUGGAACACUGAGUUCGGGUGGAAGGUUGUUCUCUAUCGUCUGCGGGUUUACGUGGUGUGCUGCGGCGGCCAUGAUUCUGUUGAAAACGUCCCGCGUUCUAAAGUGAGGAGUGACCCGUUUGAAGACUGACCGGAAAGAAUGGAUCGGCGACCGGGAGAUCUGGCGGUUGCGUUAUUCAUUGUACUUGUUUUCAUGUUGUCCUGUGUUAAAGCUGAAAUCCGAUGCUUCUGUAAUCAGGCUGCCUGCGUGUCCACGGGCUAUAUGUGCAAGUCCUCUGCCCAGUGCUUUAGUGAUGUGGAGGGUGGCAUCCAUGGCUGCUUGGAGAGGAAGAGAUGUAACGGGCUGAGAUGCUGCCGGGAAGAUAUGUGCAACUACAUCCAUGUAGAUAUUCAUGUUCAUACACAUAGAGCACCCAUGGCUGGUGCUCUUGGAGAAAGUCUAGACACAGACUCUGAAAGGAUAGCAAUCAUGGAGUCUGCUCUCCGGAGGGAAGUCUGGUUCAAAGCAGCAGUCAUUGCUGUGCCCAUUGGGGGCAUGUGCGUGUUGGUGCUCUUGGCUGUGGUGGCUGCGAGGAUGCUACGACAAGAUGCCAUUCGCCAGAAAAGACUACUAGAACUGCGUAGGAUUUACAGUUAUUCCCUCAAAGACACUUUACUUCCUUGGGGCAAGGAGAAAAAUACUACUAUCGUCUAGUCUCUGUGUUGUAUGUUAAUGUUUCAAACACUUCCACUAUCAACAAAGAAAGUGAAAAGAGCUUUUAAAACAGAACUGUGAUCUCUUGCAGUCUGAAGAACUUUCUGUCCUAAUUCUACGCACACAUUGUGAUAUUCGUAGAUAUGAAAAUGAGCCCUAGCUGUGCCUUACAGUUAAGAGGUGCCUUACAGCACGAUAUGAAAACUUUUUUUCAAUGCUUGUGUGAACGUGACAAGUAUUUGUCAUAGUGAUAUGUUCCUCACUGAUUGAAAAAUAUGCAAUUAAUUCUGUUGCUGGAUUUUAUUUUCAUUCACGUUUGGUCUUUUUGAACCUUUUGUGUGCAUAUGUGAGAAUUUGUAUAUAGUUUUGUUCAGAUUAACGUCAUAAGCUUCAGAAACUGAAGUGGUGGACAUUUUUGUGUAUGCAUGUGUGUGUGUAUGUUCAUAGUUAAAUGUGUUUCUAGAAUAUUUGAUACUGCAAGGAACAUUUGAUUUUAUACUAUUUUAUAAAGAGCAUUUUUGUGUUGUUGGUACAUUUAAUAUACAUAAAGAAACCAUGAAGAGCUCAAUAUUUUUCACUACAGUACUUUGCAAUCAGUGCUGGGAAAUAAUGCAUCUUAGAGGUUUUUUGUAUUUUAAUAAAAGUUGCGUGAUAGAUUAUUAUUAAAAUAUUGUUUCCAAAUGCAAUGAAAAAUCUGUUUCAAGCAUACAAGUUAAAUAACAAAGGUUCCACAAAAAUAAUUUAAGGCAGAGGUUCCAAAGUAUUUCUGAUUUGCAGCACCUUUUCAAGAAUUAGAGCUUUCUCAUAGCACCCCAAUCUAUCUCUAAUAUAUACGUAUAUAUUGAUGCUAUGGACGCCCCGUGGCACCCUGUUUGGGAACCUCUGGUCUAGAGCUUUGAGCAAACUAAACAUCUUCAUGCAUAAAUUAUAUUAGCAUCCCAAAAUAAGAUGUCUCACUAACAGUGGUGUUCCCAUAGGAUAUACUCCAUAUACACCGCAUACUCUCAAACAUUUUGUAGACAUAUAGUGUAUACCCUCAAGCUUCACAAAUUUUUGUAUUAUGACAUAUUAGGUAUACUAGGUGCUACUAGUACCGUCUCUUGCCCCAAGACAGAGGAGAGGUUUACCUACCAUUUGUACUGGUUAUCUCAAAACUUUCAAUUUAACCACUUAUAUUCCUUUGCUUCUCACUAUCUCAAUUGACAGUAGCUUAAAAAGUACUUGUUUAUGGGCUGACAGUAAUCAAACACAAAAAGUUGGUUUUUGCCCAAUGAAGUUCAACGUUUUUGUUUUAUAAACUAAUGCUUGAAACAGAUUGUUUUACUUAUCAAAUAAGUUAGUUAUUUAUUUACAGUGGAGUCGCAGAAAUCCGAAUUAAUUGGGACUCACCUCACCUAGGAUUACCUGGAAAAGUUUUCCGUAUUUAAAAUUUAUGCAACUCCAAAGACAUAAGGAGGAGCGCCUUUUUUACUUCCUUGUAUCAUGAAAAAAAAAACUAUUGUCUUCACAAAAAAAAAUUAUCACUAAAAAGUUCAACAUGAAUUUCCUUUUAAUUGCUUUUUGACAAAUUUUAACCUAAUUUUUCUUGAUAUCCAUACGCAUUUGUCUGUGCAAAGCAACCAAAACAUAAUCAACCUCUCAUUAUAUUUUUUAUUAUUAACUAAAUGUAGUCAAGAAGUUUUACAGCUGCAAAAUAUUUAUUUUCAGGUUUUAAUGAAAAUCAAAUUUUUGCUACUAAAAAAAUAAUGUAAAAUAUAAAUGAAUCAUUUCGGAUAAAGCAGAACCUCAGAUUUUCAAGACUCUACUGUACUUAAAAUAGAAAAUUAAGAUCUUAAUCACACUAGAAAAAUAAAUGGUAACUCUCUUUGUCACAGCUGUGCCUUACUGUAUUUUCUCAGAAUGUUCCAUCGGCACAAUCCCAUACUAUGUAAAUUUUAUAUUAGUUUUUGAUUGCAAAUUUAUUUAUGUCCUUUGUAAGAACAAAAAUGUUUGUAAAACAUUCUUUUUGAUCUCAAUCUCUGUUAAAGGAAUAAAUGCAUUGUUAAUUUUUUUUUUAAUAAUCCAGUAAUUACUGCAAAAAUGCUGUUCUACUUUGUUUUCUUGACCUAGAAUAAAUUUUAAAUUUGUACUUAAUGAUUUAUUUUAUACUUAAAAACAUUUCUUUUAUAUAUUUUUGCAUUUAACGAAUUAGAGUGGGAAAAAGCCAAAGCCUUUUGAAUAAUACCAUGCAUUUCAUCUUUAGAAAAUGUUUGAUACGUUUAUACUCUUUGAAAGAGCUGAAAUUUAAUGUGUGAAUGUAAAAAGUUUUGCUUGUAUAUUAUAUUAAUUAUUUUGGUG